AUGACCCCGCCAAACCGACAGCGUAAUCCAGCUGUGACCUCUCGGCCUGGUCGCUUGAAACUGAGUGUACUUGAAGAUACUAUCAGGCAGGCUUCGGGUCGUUCACAGUCACCCGCGAGUCUCAGUCCUAUUUCCAAAGACCGAAUAAGGCGUCGAAGUAGUUCUUCUGUUGCCUCCCACGCUGUCGAAUCAGUCCGUCGACGUAGCAAAAGUGGAGGGCAGGUGAAUAAUUUGGGUUUCCCAGAUCAGUCCAUACUACCCCAACGUCAAACCUCACAGUCAUUUUCGCCUUUGGUUUCUCCGCAGGAAUCUUCACCAUUUCCCGCAUUUUCCUUUGACGAGUCCGCCAUUUUCACGGACGAUGAGCCGCCGAGCCAAGGACAAUCUCCUGUUGCACCUGUUGCACAGCCUUCCGGGCAUAACUCAAACUGGCAACUCACAGCACAGCCCCUUCAGACUCUUCCAAGAGCUCACUCAGCAAAAGUCAAGGACGGUCAAAUGAUUCGCAUCAAUCUCAAAACACAAACUACCGAAGUGCCUUGCAUCGCAAAAUGCUAUCUCAAUCGUUCGUCGAGCGUUGUCGAUAAUGAUUUUGCUCGUAACUGGGGCGUCAAGAUACAUCCCGUUCCCAAGACGAGAUGGAAAGAUGCCAGACACUGGUGCAUUCUGGACGUUGUUGAUGUAGAAACAGUUGGAAGUAUGCAACAGCAAUUGCGGAUUCGACUGGGGAAACUCUCGGAUCAGCGGUUCAGUGUUGAGCUGGGCAUUGAUGCACUCAAGUCUCUUCGCCUGGCUGAUGAAGUUGUGAGAAAGAUGGCUAACCCCAACGCAGAAGCAGUCUCGCCUCUCUCCAGAUCUGCACCUCCCAGCCAAUAUCCAUCGUGGGACGACAUCAGCCCUUCCUCUUACAUGCAGCCGCAGCAGCAGCAACAACAACUUCAAGAUACCCUUGGACAAUUCGUGUUUACAUCUCCGACACCACAGCAGUUCAACACUGGUCGUAACCGAGCGUUGACAGUGCCUUCGGGUAUACCAUCGAUCAGGGUAGAUACUUCUUUUGUCAAUCCACUGCCGGCCUCUAUGCCAAUUUGCGACUAUGGGUCUGGUGAAGACUCUAGUUCACCAUGGGAUGCUCUGUCUCUAGCAUCUCAGUCAUUUCAAGAUGAUGAUAGAAGCGUCUGGAGUCCAGCAAUUUCCGAGUGCGGCGGUCACUCCUCGUCUUACGAUACCUGUAUGAAGUGA